AUGGGACUCUCUCUCAAGUACUGCAUGCUCUACAGCUUCUCCUCGGUGAUCACCCUCACCAUCACUCGCGCACUCAGUUUCGCAGCUGCAGAGAAAGUGCUUUUCGGACGCUGGGUCUGGAGAUACCGAUCGUUGGAGGCUCAGAAAAAGAGCACCAGUGCCAAUUCCAACAAAGACACCAACAAGAAGAACAUAAGCAGGGACCACGAGACGGCAAACUCGGACAAUGCUUCAACUUGUCACGAUUGCUCCUCAACAAUUGAUACGAUUUGUCGCCCCUGGAUUUUGAGCGGUCCUGCCCUUAUGGGGCUUGUGUUGGUCUGCUUCACGGUAGACAGGUUGACGAUGAAAUACAAGUAUGGGAUAGUACUCACAGAGAGCGUGAAGGAAAGGAGAUUGAAGGAAGCGGCUGUAACAGCGUUUCUGUUUUCGCUGGCAGUAGAUCUGGUUGUAAUCUGUGCAUGCGUGACUUCGUGGGGGAGGGAACACAUUCGACGGUUCGCCGAAGGCAAGGAGGAGAUUGUGGAGGUCAAAAACUUGGUCGAAGAAAAGUGA